AUGACCUGCGUGAAGAUGACCUGCUUGAAAGUACCUGUCAUUGAUGUCCAGAAUGAUAACUUCAAGGAGCUGUGGCCGUCCAUGCUCCUGGCCAUAAAAACCUCUAGUUUCAUAGCUGUUGACACGGAGCUAAGUGGUCUCGGAGCGAGGAAGAGUUUGCUAAACCAAUGUAUUGAAGAGAGAUACAAAGCUGUCUGCAGUGCUGCCAGAACACGCUCUGUCCUGUCUUUAGGAAUCGCUUGUUUUAAACAUCUCCCAGACAAGUCUGAGAAUACGUACCUCUGCCAAAUCUACAACCUGACCCUGCUGUGUAUGGAGGAGUAUAUCAUCGAACCUCAGUCAGUUCAGUUUCUGGUGCAACAUGGCUUUGACUUCAACAAACAGUACUCGCAGGGGAUUCCCUACCACAAGGGCAAUGACAAGGGCAAUGAGAACCAGAGCCAGAACGUUCGUGCUUUCUUCUUGGAGCUGAUCCGAGCAAAGAAACCCCUCGUUCUGCACAAUGGCCUGAUAGAUCUGGUGUUCCUGUACCAGUGCUUCUACGCCCACCUCCCUGACAGUCUUGGCACCUUCACUGCUGACCUUUCGGAGAUGUUCCCAGCUGGGAUAUACGAUACCAAAUACGCCUCUGAGUUCGAGACCCGCUUCGUAGCUUCCUACCUGGAGUACGCCUACAAGAAAUGCAAACGAGAGAAUUGCAAGCGGAAGGAUUCCAGCAGCCAGCACCUAUCCAUUGAGUUUUGUAACUACCCCGCAAGCAUGUCUCCAUACAUAGACUAUCGCUACUGCUCCGUGGCAGACACCGAUCACAAGGUGGCAGAUACAAAUAAGGUCCAAGUCUGCGAAACAUUCUCGGCCUACGGCUGGUGUCCGAACGGAGUGAAGUGUUCCCGGUCUCACAACAUCGACCUCAUUAUCGACGAGGAUGAGAAGUUUAAAGAGGAGAAGCGGAAGAAGCGGAAGCAGAGGUGGAGGCGACGGAAGAAUGCAGAGGAGUCCGUGAAAGAGUCUGAGCAGGGAAGUCCGGGAAGGGGGAAGGACAUGGAGGUGGCUCAGAAUGGGGAGGACGGUCCUCCACGCAAACAAAGCUGUCCUGGCAGUCUGGCUGCUGGGAUGGUCCCUGCCCCUGCAGAGCCAGCAGGGAACGUGUCCAGUGAAGAGGGCCCCCUGCUGGAGGUGGAGAGUUCGAUUGACGUGGACCGUGAGCCUGGCUCUGACAGUGCAACAGACGUCAAGAUGGAGGAGGAUCUGGGGGGUGCCACAGACCAGGAGAGCAGCACUCACCCAGCUGCCCCCCCAGUAGAAACAGACAUCAGCCUCGCUGCCAGAGGAAACGCCUUGGACAGCGACCAAGUAAAAGGGCAGCAGGUGGGCACUGAUGAGCAAAGCUCGACUGUCCACCUGCAGAGCUGUUCUGAAACUAAAACUGCAUCCUCUGCCGGGAAGCAGGCGGUGUCUCAGGAGAGCCGCUCGGAAGGGGGCAUUCACCGAGCUGGCUUUGAUGCCUUCAUGACUGGCUAUAUCAUGGGCUACGUCUGGAUGCUUAAGAAAGGAGAGGGCAGAGACUCGGAGCCAUGGUUGCCAGAGUGUCACAAUAAGUUGUAUCUCAGUGGGAAAUCGGUGCCACUUCAGAUAGUGAAGAGUUUGUUUUCUAAAUCCUCCAAAGCCCACAGCCAGAAAAUGAAGCUGGCCUGGGCUAGUGGCUAGAACUGGGAGACUCUUGUUUUGUGUUUUCCUCAAGCACUUGGAGCCUCUUCACUCGGUACGUGAAGAAUUUAGCAGGAGGGGAGCAAGUUCUUAGUCAUGUUUUA